AUGAACGCAGAACCUGUUCAACAACAUCAACUCCUCUCUCAUCCCUACGUGAAUGGCAGUACCAUCCCAAACUACAUCGGAAAGGAUGUAACUCUCAUCGGAAAUUGUGCCUCUGAAGUUAAUGGGGACACUUUUGCUGUACUAGCAAGCGACUCGUCAAUGAUCACAGUUUACUUGAACAGUAUUUUUGUAGCCAGCAGCGAUGAAUUAGUGAUGGUUCGAGGACAAGUGGAAGGUGGAGAUGGGUCAUUCGCUAUCCGAGCCAACUAUGUCCACAAAAUUCCAUCAAGCCAGGUUUUUGACAAGAAUGUUUUUAAUGAGUUUAUUAAUUUAGCAGAAAAUAGUUUCAAACAUCUCUUUUAUGAUUAG